ACGUAGCACAUAAACAGAUUUAAAAAAUAUGUACAAUGUAUAUGCAAUGUAUUGUCAAUACAUGUAUGUAUGUGACGUCCUGAUCUAAAAUGGUAUUAGACGUAAGGAAAACUGGCUACUAUAUUGCAUAUGAUAGUACAAUUGAUAUACGCAUAUGGCAUUUGGAAUAGGACACCUUUACAUGUAUUCCGUUAUAUGGAGUACCACUAAUGUUUCGUAAGCGGUAGCGCAGGACCUCAGGAGUUCGAUAUCAGAGCUAGAGAAGGCUGAGAGAUAACACGGCUCGGUUUUAGAUGAUCCUUGAACGCGAUACGCCCUAUGUGGAUCUUGAAAAUCAUGCACAUAAACUACGUAGCGAAUAUGCACGUUUGGGCGAGCAGUUGGGUACACUGAUAUAGUAUCGAGAUAUUAAAAGGCAAAAAAGAGAAAGGCCAACUACCUGAGUUUCUACCUGAGUUUAUUCAGAACAAAAACCGCUCAAACAACAUAUAAAACUACUUACUGUGAAAGUAUACUGAAAAAUAACGCUUGCUUCAAAAUUGUAUAAUUUGGUUUCAAGUUCAUCAAUUUUAAUUUUGUAAAAUGGAGGCUACUUUUGAAAGUUCUAUUUCAAAGAUUAAUCAGAUAUAGCGAGGAGAAUCCAUAAGAGAAUAUGUAUUUGUCGAGCAAAGUAGGGGAAACGAGUGCUAGUGAAAGACAUUAGUCGUGGAACAAUACGUCACUUCAGUAUCAAGUGGCACUUCAACAAGAGCACACGCACUCUUCUAAUCUGCCGAUUUAUAUUCCACAACGCGCCUUUUUAAUAUUGUGAAAUCUAUUGUGACUUUUUUUGUAAUUUGAUCGUGAUUUUUAAUAGAAAUAUACAAAGCAGAAAUGAAAAAACAUAUUGACGAUGUUCAAACGGAGACCGUUGAGGAACAUUUUAAAUUACUUUUAGAAGAUAACAGCGUAAUUAAUCCAAAAUCAACCGAUGUAACACUUAACGACCUUCCAGUAUGGUAUAAUAAAGACUUAUAUAAAAAAGCUCAAGACUAUUAUAAACAAAAUAUGAUGUCGAUAAUAGCGGCACAUACAGUAGGACUUAUUUUAGUGUUUUCUGUGGAAACUAUACUAAAGGUUCUCAUAUGCACAAAACGAAGUAAUACCGUUUGUUUGGCUUUUAAAAGAUAUAUUGAAACUCUCUUACACAUACAUAAUUUAUAUAUGUGCGAUCCAAAUGAUACAAAUUCUAAGUGGUACAAAACGAUGAAUGUAAUUCGUUGGCAUCAUAGAAUAGGAUCCAAAAAAUCAAAAAAUGCUGGUAUUGGAGAAAUUUCUCAAAGAGAUAUGGUACUUACUCAAUACGCUUUUGUGGGAUUUGUUUUAAUUACGCCUAAGAAUUUUGGAUUGAGCAACACAUUAGAAGAAGAUGAGGCAUUUUAUCAUUUCUGGCGUGUAAAUGGUUACAUGUUAGGAAUCUUUGACAGAUUUAAUUUGUGUCGCAAAAAUGUAAAAGAAACCGCCGAAUUAUGUCAGAAAAUCAAUGAUUUAUAUAAAACUUAUUUAAGUAAAACUUCAGUUUUACCUGAGUUUGAUCUUUUAAUAUCAAAUGCGUUAGAUGCAUUAUGGUAUAUUGAUAUCACCGCGGAUAAAGAUGCUUUCAUGGCAUUCACCUAUACAUUACAUAAUCUCCCAUACAAAAAGCUGGGAUGGAUCAGUUGGUUAACUUUUCAAUACCGCGCAUGGCUGUUUUAUCUACGUCUUGUUCCUUAUAUCGGAGUAAUAGUAAGAUUAUACACUUAUUAUUUGUCUUUAUUUCUACUUUGGAGUUUGCAAAACUUUCCUAUACUUGCAUGGUUGAAAUUUGGGAAACAUAAUGUUCAAAUCAAUUUGUAUCCUAAAUAUUAACAAUUUAAACUCUUACGUUUAUAGAGAAACAAAGGUUUUUAUCAUUUUAAAAAUUAUAUACAAUAUUAUUUAUAUAUUUUGAUCUUUUUGUUGUGAGAAAUUGCGGUGCAAAAUGCGCAUAUAGGCAAUAAAUAAUUAACCAAUUGUAGAUAAUGACUCCUUACUAAAGAAUAAUUAUUAAAAUUAUUAAAAUGCUGAAUUGUUUUAGAAUAAAAAAAAUAUUGAUUAA